GGCAUUUCACCUACAUUUCCCUCUGUUUUUCUCCCCUGAAAUCUUCAUCCUAUCCCAUUUGAGGGAUCAAAAUCCAACCCACAAGCCCAAACUAACCCUAAUUUGAAGGGUGGUUGCCAUGGCUGCCGAUGAUUUAUCUUCAUCACGUAUUCUCUUGUAAAUUUCUUCGUAGGUUAAACCUUCCCCACCUCUUCCCAUUUUGAUACCAUCUUUACAGGUUUGGAUACUCACAAAAUAUGAACCUGAGCAUUGUUCUUUUCUGGAUCAUAGCGAUCUCGAUCCAUAUCGUUGGAGUUGUUUCUAAAACCAAAGCGCCAGAUGGUAUGCAUAUCCAUUUCUUUAUUCUCGUUUCGAUUUCAUUCUAAUUUGGUUUCUUUCAAUUCCAUUUUAACAAUUUCUUGCUUCAUUCUGUGGUAACCCUAAAAUUUUGUUUGCUUCUUGAUCGAAACAAACAAGUUUCUGCACUGAACGUGAUGUACAGUAGUUUAAAUUCACCAUCACAAUUGUCUGGUUGGGGUUCAAGUGGGGGUGACCCAUGUGGCGACUCUUGGGAAGGGAUCCAAUGCUCAGGAACAUCCGUCACUGAAAUACAUUUAUCAGACUUUGGACUAAGUGGAUCAAUGGGUUACCAGCUCUCAAAUUUGGUUUCUGUCACCUACUUUGAUUUGAGCAAGAACAACCUCAAUGGCGAUAUCCCGUAUCAGCUUCCUCCUAAUGCCGUUCAUGUCGAUCUUUCUGAAAACAGCUUCACUGGUAGCGUGCCUUAUUCGAUUUCUCAAAUGGGCGAUCUUAAUUUUUUAAAUCUUGCUCAUAAUCAGCUUAGUAACCAAUUGAGUGACAUGUUUGGCAAGCUUCCUAAACUUAAAAGUCUGGAUCUCUCAUACAACUCAAUAUCAGGAACCUUACCUCAAAGUUUUAACAAGCUUUCAAGCCUCACCACAUUGCACCUUCAAGAGAAUCAAUUUAAAGGUUCAAUUAAUGUUCUUGCUGACCUUCCACUUGAUGAUCUGAACGUCGCAAAUAACCAAUUCACCGGAUGGAUUCCUGCGACUCUUGAGGACAUUAAUAAUUUGGAAACUGUAGGAAAUUCUUGGUCAACUGGGCCAGCUCCUCCUCCACCACCCGGCACAGCGGCCGCUAACAAAAAAUCCAACAAAGACAAGUCGAGCAACAAAUCCUCAAGCAUCAGCGGCCUGGUCAUAGCUGGAAUAGCGAUGGGGGUUUUGGUAUUAAUCGCCAUUCUCAUUGCAUUGAUCUCAAGAAGGUCUCCUCCUUCCCAUUAUCUUGAUGAAGACACAAACCCACACAGAUCCUUCACUCCACUUACAUCCCAAGAACUCACCAAAGGUUUGCACAAUGGAGAUGAUAGAAAAUCAAUAAACUCAGAUACCUCUGUUGACAUAAAGGCUCUUCAGAAUGCUUCGAGUGGGCAUAUUAGGCCUCCUCCGCCCUUCGAUCCUGUGCAGGCCUUCAGUGAUAAUCAGUUUGCCAGCCGUCUCAACUCCAGAAGAAGCACUUCUGUUCGUGCCAUUUCUUACUCCUUGGUUGAUUUGCAAGCUGCUACAGCUAAUUUUUCGACUGCUCGCCUUCUUGGUGAGGGCACUAUUGGACGUGUCUAUAAGGCCAAGUAUGGAGAUGGAAAGGUCUUAGCUGUGAAGAAGAUAGAUUCAUCAGUUUUUGAAGGAAGAAGAAAAGAAGAAUUUUCAGAAGUAGUUGCAAUCGUCUCAAAGCUUCGCCACACAAACCUUACAGAAGUGGUUGGUUUUUGUUCAGAACAGGGACAUAACAUGCUGCUUUACCAAUAUUUCAUGAAUGGUUCACUUCAUGAGUUUCUACACAUGUCUGAUGACUUCAGUAAACCACUCACCUGGAAUACUCGAGUCAGAAUCGCUUUGGGGACAGCCCGAGCUCUUGAGUACCUUCAUGAAGUUUGCUCACCAUCUAUAAUUCACAUGAAUAUCAAGUCCUCGAAUAUAUUGCUCGAUACCGAUCUCAACCCUCGAAUAUCAGACUAUGGUUUGGCCACUUUUUAUAAGAAUAGAAGGGAAGUCCCUGGAGUUGGAUAUGAUGCUCCAGAAUGCAAAAAGGGUUCAAGUUAUACAAUGAAGAGUGACAUUUACAGUGUGGGAGUGGUGAUGUUGGAAUUGUUGACAGGGCGGAUGCCGUUUGACUCUUCGAAGGCAAGGGUGGAGCAAAGUCUAGUCCGGUGGGCUACCCCACAGCUGCACGACAUAGAUGCAUUGGACAAAAUGGUGGAUCCAGCAUUGAGAGGGUUAUAUCCACCAAAAUCAGUGUCUAGAUUUGCAGAUAUCAUUGCCCUUUGUGUUCAAUCGGAGCCUGAAUUUCGGCCUCCCUCGUCGGAGGUGGUGCAAGCCUUGGUAACUUUGGUUCAACGAUCCAGUAUGAAUGUGAGAGAUGAUCUUGGAAGCUCCCGACGAGUGGAUGAUUAUGACUAUUAAUUAAUUAAUUAAUAAUAGUCAGUUUACUCUCUUGUUCAGCUUUACACAUUGCAAUCUUCAUUUAUGUAUUUCAUUCAUUCAUUCAUUCAAUACAAACAAAACUGACAGUUAGAGAUUUAUCAA